AUGGCCAUAGGACGAAUCGUGAAGCCGCUGAUCCCAAAGGUCCGCGGGCCGCCGCUGAAGAUGCUCGGGGCGCGCGGCCAGGCGGCACUGGCACACGCGGACCCGGCGCAGGUCCAGCAUUUGCAGGAAAUGUGCAUCGCCGUCAAUGAACGAGACGAACCAGUGCAGCAAGUGAGCAAGGGCGAUGCGCACCACCAGGAGACGAUGGCCCUGCAUCGAGCGUUCAGUGUAUUCGCCUUCACACGCGACGGGAGGUUGGUGCUCCAAAAGCGCUCGGCCUGCAAGAUCACCUUCCCGCAAAUGUGGACGAACACCUGCUGCUCGCAUCCGCUCUGGGACGAGCGAGAGGUGCAAGGAGUUGAAGGCGCCAAACACGCGGCCGCCCGGAAAAUGGAGCACGAGCUCGGGGUGCGGCCCGACCCGACGGACAGCUAUGUUUUCAAGGGAAAAUACCUCUACAAAGCCAACAUGGCAUCCGGCCCUUGGGGCGAGCACGAGAUGGACUACGCGCUGAUUCUGAGGAAUUUCGACCUGCAGCGAAUACAAAUGAACCCCGAGGAAGUUGAGGCCGUUGAUGCCGUUUCCCCCGAUGAGCUGCCGCGCUUGAUGAACGACCCCCGCUACACCUUCACGCCGUGGUUCAAGCUGUUCGUGCGCCUUGGGCACCUGCAGAAGUGGUGGGGCGAUCUCGACAACCUGAAGGAAUCCAAGGAUCAGAAGGCCAUAUUUCGCAUGGACAUU